AUGCUUCCAACCCCUUCAACCUCGCACGUUUGUUUCGACACGAUCUAUGAACCAGCGGAAGAUAGCUAUUUAUUCCUCAAUACACUCUCCUCCGCUAUAGAGACUGCUUGGCUAAGCCGUAGAUUCAAUGACUCCGGCGAUAACUCUUCCAAGCCGUGCUCUAUCCCCAACUACUCCCCUCAACCACUUGUGGUGGAGGUCGGCAUAGGCUCAGGCGUAGUCCUUGCCUUCGUGGCCGCAAACGCCAUUCACAUUUUUGGGAGGAAGGAUAUACUCACCCUGGGCACUGAUGUGAAUAGUAAUGCAUGCCGUGCAACACGGCAAACAAUUCUCGACGCCAUUAGUGAGUCCCAGAAGCACGAACUUGGGAAUCCCGUUGCCAAAAUGUCGGUAGGACCCUUUUUCCUGUCAUCUCUUACGGCGGAUCUGUGCACACCUCUCAGGCCUGGCUCGGUAGACGUCCUCAUAUUCAACCCUCCAUACGUGCCCACCCCGGAACUACCAGAUAUGCCAUCACCCGAAGUGGAAGACUCGGCCCCGGUUAACUCAUCUCGGUCUAAAUUCGAGCACGAGUCCCACCUCCUAUCCCUUUCCUAUGCUGGGGGGAAACUUGGAAUGGAAACUACAAAUCGGCUUAUAGAGUCAAUACCAGAUGUUCUGAAUCCAGCUCGCGGUGUUGCUUACGUGUUACUCUGCGCUCAAAAUAAUCCGGAUGAAGUGAGAUCGCGUAUCGCAGGUUGGGGAUUGGGCUGGAUUGCUGAAAUUGUGGGGAGCAGUGGUGCCAAAGCUGGUUGGGAACGGUUGGUGAUAUUGCGGAUUUGGAGGCAAUUCAAUGCAGUAGAAAUGAAAAGAAAUGGUUUCGUAACAUGA